GGUCGCCGUGUGCCAUGGAGUGCGCCUGCUUUUAAACGCUAACAGCUACGAGUACACUAGUGGUCGUGGGAACGUUUGAAAUAGUCGGCACGCAUAUGUUUUUUUUUUCAUUUAUUAUCGCACAAUGUUGCUAAAAUUGUAUUACUCGUUUAACAAAGCAAAAGUUCGAGUAUCGAUUUACUGACGCAGCUAAAGUGACCAAAGGACUUUACGUGAAUUUGUGCUAAAUUUCUCGAAUAUAAAUAUUAAAUUUUAACUGCGUUGUUUACCCGUUAUUCAUUAUGUUGAAAUAGUGCUAAGUUAGUUACUCGAAGUGUUAAAACCUACGUGGUAAAGAGCUGUCAAAAAUUAUGAAAUUUGACACCCAACCCAAUGCCACAAAUCCAGAGCACCUCCCUCCAAACUCGCCUAAGGCCGAAAUUCACCCCACUCCCAACGCAGAAACCAAUAACGAAAACAACAACAUCCUUGUUACUGAUGCAGCCAACGAGACACCUGCAAUUGUCGCAGAAUCGGACUUAAAAAACAGCAGCUCAAUAGUCCGCAACCAAAAUUUCUCUUUCGCCAGCACCUAUCGACCUCAGCCACAUGUUAGCAGCCUUAAUAGUCGUUUCGGCAGCCCUCAACCGAUAAAUACGAGUCUAUAUCCACACAAGCCUAUUGCAUCCUUCACCGUACUCAACAACGACGACCUGUCCAGCCAAUUUGACAGUUGUAAGCCAAACGCAAUUGUGCGCCCGAUACGUCGUUACGAGCAGCGGGAUUCGGCGCUGCCCUUUCGCCAGAAUGUUGCAAUUGAUGAAGAAACGCUGUGGUCCCUACAGCAAUCUCAUCGUCAAAAGAAUCGUUUCUCUUCCUCCACCAUGUCGAACAAAAUGACGCAUUUGCCCUCGGGAAGGUCAAAUGACGAAGAGAUUGAAAAGUUGAGAGAGGAAUUGAAUCGGAAGCUACGUAGUCUGCAUUUAACAACAGCUCCAGAUGUGUGGACCAAGUCCAGACAAUCUUCAAAUACAAGUCAGCAAGACCACGUGAUUAAACGUCCACUCUUUAUAACAACGGUACCGACAGGUGUAUUCUUGCCACCCCCAAAAGAGCCACCCAUUCCAUGGUUUCUAAGACCGCACGUCUAUGCAUAUUCUUCACAUCCUGUGGUGUUGGCCAGCAACGAUGUCGUCACAUCCGUUGCUAGCAAGGCCAAACCUCGUGACAGCUCCAUAGCGUCAACAACGAUAGCCGCCGACAAUAAGGCGGCAACACGGCCAACGUUGAAUAGUGCAAAUCCGACUUCGAAUACAAAUGGAAAUUUGGCUGCAACUGCGAUUUUAAAUGGCACACGGAGUGGUCAGUCGCCCCCUCGCUCUCGUUUGCCCUUAGCUGGUGGUGUACAUCUCACCAAACAACAAUUUCAGGAACAACUUCAACAGCGUCGCGUAAAAAGGGAAACUGCCCCGCAACCCUACCGCAAUGUUAUGUAUGAUCGCCGUGUAAUACGUGGAUCUGUAUUUGGUACUCAACAGCUUUUGGAAAACUCUGAUCCCUUCGAUAAAGCAGCUGAACUGCGUCGACGCCACGCCUUACGGAAGCAAAAAGUUUGUCGAAAUCAACGCAACAUCCUUGGUACACCGCCACCAGUCAACGGACGACAACAUGAAGUUAUUCAAACUGAGAAAUAUUUGGAAGAGUUGGUGCAACGUCCGCCAGAGCUCUCAGUAGAUACUCAGACCGAUUUGUUCCUCGAAAAACCACCAGAGCCACCUUAUGUCCCGGCCAAAGUGGGCGUUGAUGCGGCCACCGAAAUCGGCGAAGGUGAACUUUUCCACUUUGAUGCCGAGGCUCAACCGAUUAUCGAUAUACUUGUGGAUGCGUGCAUCGAGCAAAGCAUGUUGGAAGUGGCACACGAACGGGAGAUUGAAGCGCUCCGCCAGAAACAAGCCGAAUUCCUUGCUCAACGGGAAGCCGAAUUGGCUGAACUACGACGCCUCGAAGCAGAGGAGUUACGCUUAAAGGCCGAAAAGGAGCGACGCUUACAACAAGAUGCCAUCGCAAAGGAAUUGGAUGAAGAGAUGCAAAAGAGCGUGACAGCCGCCAAAUUAUUGCAGGGUCAUAUUGCUGGUUUAUUACCAGAAGUUUUGGACAACCUCGAACCGGCUACCGAUGCUGCAAAGAAAGAGCACCUCAUGAAGACCGUCGCACCGUGGUUGACUAACGAAGUUGCAGAAGAAGUGGGACAUAUUGUAGACUCGCGUGAAAUACUCACAGCCAUCAUACAAGAGAUCAUUAAACAGCGCGCAACAGCUUAUGCUGAUUACAAGGAAGAAAUGCCGCUGGAAACCGUAAUAGAGCGUGGUGAAGAUAUAGUGGAAGAGGAAACGAAGGACGAGGCUUGCACUUGUGAAUCGAGCGAUAUCAGCAGUGAGCAAACGGAUAAAUGUGGCGACUUAUCGAAGAAGAUGUGAUUAAUAGAAUUAGUUUAAUUUCUAUUGAUUGAUCAAUCUUUUUACUUUUUGUACAGACCAACUUAACUUUAAAAUUACUAUACUUCAAUUACACGUACAUUUCAGCAAACAAACGUCUACAAAUUUUCGGGAUUACAUACAUUAUUUUUGGAUGCGUAUCAGGUAUCUCAAAAAGAUUUCUGUACAAAGUGUAAUUGAAUAAAUUAUGCAAGCGGGUCAAAAAACAUGCAUACACACUUAUUUACAUAUCGUCAUCAUUAGUGCGAAAUCCUCUAUUUGAAUUUUGAAUGCGAUAUUUUAAAGAAUACUGCCUUGCAACCAUCUCCACUGUUGAUUUAACAAUUUUUUUUUUGCUAUUAAAUUUUACCUUUCAAAUUUCACAUUUUUCAAUUAGAUUCUUUUGUGCUGAUGAUGACGAUUUGUUUCGAAGACAACCAUCAACAUUAAAACCAAGCAUUUAAUGUUGUUUUGAUGUUCAUGAUUGAAACUGUAGUCGACGAUCCUUACUUUGGCGAUGUAAGCAAUUACAUACGUAUGUAUUUUGCAAUACGAAAUGAAAAUUUUUAAAUUAAACAAAAACAUUGU